AGAGGAAACCCGGCGCCCAGACGCUGCGCCGUGAUUAGAGGGGAAGGGCAAACUAAAUCCAUCGUGCGCUGCUUUGGGGAAGGGCUGUGCCGGCUGCGCUCCGGCAGCCCCUCCUCUUCCUCCUCCCUCCUCCUCUUCCUCUCCCUCGCCGCCUCGCUCUGCUCUGCCCUGCUGCGGAGGGGGGAGAGACGAGGACAGCCCCCCCCCCCCCUCUCGCCAUGGGCGACAUCCCCAGCCUGGUGAAGAUCAGCGUGUCGCUGCGCAUCCAGCCCAACGACGGCGCCGUGUACUUCAAGGUGGACGGGCAGCGCUUCGGCCAGAACCGCACCAUCAAGCUGCUCACCGGGGCCAAGUACAAGAUCGACAUCGCCCUCCGGCCCGGCACCGUCCAGGCCACGACGAUGGGCAUUGGGGGCGUCAAUGUGCCACUAGAGGAGAAAUCGAGGGAUGCUCAGGUGGCCUCGUACACGGGGAUCUACGACACAGAAGGGGUGCCUCACACCAAGAGCGGGGAGAGACAGCCCAUCCAGGUCAACAUGCAGUUUAAUGACAUUGGCACUUUUGAAACAGUCUGGCAAGUCAAAUUCUACAACUACCACAAACGGGAUCACUGCCAGUGGGGCAACAGUUUUGGCAGCAUUGAGUACGAAUGCAAACCGAAUGAGACACGCAGUCUUAUGUGGAUCAACAAAGAGACCUUCCACUGAAGAGAAGUGCAACCAACACUGCUGGACAAACUCCUUAAAAAAAAAAUCUACCUUUUUAAACCAGCAAGAAGCCUUAACAAAGGCAUACUGUAACGUCGCUUUGUUCCGUAAGGUUCCAAUAACUCAGUUGUAUGUACUGGUGGUGCCACUGAAAUCUUUGCCUGUUACUGUAUUUCAAGUUUACCUUGGCAUCUGCAACGCUCUUUACCUAUACCCUGGGAAUAACGUAGGCAUCAUGGUAAAGAGUAUUUGAUUCCUGGGUAGAAAGUCAUCCUAUCAUAAUAGUGUCAUAACUAUCUGGAUUAUGCCCACUAGAUGUAACACCCUUUGUGAAGUGUUUUGCUUUAUUGCUUAGAAUUUGGAUGCGGUAUCUAUCAUGUUGGAAAUUUCCACAUUUAUAUUUGUUUGCUCCUAAAUCAGUGUGCUCCUUCAGGAAUUUUGUUUACAUGUCAUCCCAGUGGACAGCAAAAAAAGUGCAAAUUAUGGAUGUCUGUAGGUUUAGAUAAAUGGCAGCUACUGCACUGUUGGUAUCAAGGGAUGUCAUAGCAAGGGAUUUGGAAACUCUCCUUUUGUCAAGUGCUGUAAGUUACCCUGGUAUAAAUUUCCUAUUUUGUGAGAUUUGGUAAAUUAGCAUUCUUUGAUGUUAACUUCCCCAGUCUCUGAAAUAGCUUUAGAGAACACUAUAAAACAUGCUAACCUAAAUGAAAGAAAAGCAAUAAAUUAGUUGUGGUAUUAAAGACAUCUAACAACAUGGCUAGUGUCUAUGUCAAGGUUAUAUAGUCUUGAAAGAUACAGCAGCCAUCCUUAAUUUAGUUCUUACAGUAAGAGUUCUGAUAGUAAUCUCUGGUUUUCUUUGAAUGAAAUAUUGCUCAAAUCAGUGAAAUCACAUAAAUCAACUUUUUUUAAGCCUGACUACUGUAUUAUACCAAAAUCUACAGGAUUUCCAGCCAACAAAAACUCCUCACUCAUUGUGAUCAAACUGCAGAUUGCAAUGCGUUGUGCUCUUUCACGUAAGGAUAAGCAUGUAAGCAAUUGCACAGUCAUGACUAAAGGUGCUACAUAAACACUAGGUCAGUGUUUAACAUAUACAGGCAACAACAACAAAGAAAACAAAUACCUUUUCUUUCAGUAAAUAAACCAGGGAAACAACUAUACUGUCCCAUCCCCUACUUGGGCUGAAGUAAGCUGUCAGUUCUUGCAUAUCUGUUACUCCCUUUGUGAAUAAUUUGUAAAUUGUGUAUGUAAAUGGUAACCAUGACUUUUGAUCUUUGUAAUAAAGGACUUAAAACAAUA